AUGGCUCUUUGCAAAUGGGUCUCUUUGAUUUUCAUAGUUACGGUGAUUAUGCCACUUCUCAUUUCUUCAGACCAUUCUUUGAGCCCAGAAGAGGUGGCUCAAAUCCCAUUUAAGUUCCUUGACCAUGCUAAAAGGCAGAAGCUUUUUGAUUUUAUGGUGGGUGUUCGAAGGAAAAUACAUGAAAACCCAGAACUCGGUUUUGAGGAAUUCGAGACUAGUGAGCUUAUCAGAGCUGAGCUUGACCAGAUGGGCAUCCCUUACAAAUACCCAUUGGCUGAAACUGGUAUUGUUGGCUUUAUUGGGACUGGUGGACCGCCUUUUGUUGCAAUUCGAGCGGAUAUGGAUGCUCUAGCUAUGCAGGAGAGUGUGGAGUGGGAGCACAAGAGUAAAGUUCCGGGGAAGAUGCAUGCAUGUGGACAUGAUGCUCAUGUUGCCAUGCUUCUUGGUGCUGCAAAGAUACUUCAAGAGCAUCACCACGAAUUACAGGGAACAGUUGUUCUUGUUUUCCAACCAGCUGAGGAAGGAGGUGGAGGAGCAAAGAAAAUGUUAGAUGAAGGGGCAUUGGAGCAUGUUGGUGCCAUCUUUGGGUUGCAUGUCGCUGCUGAUUACCCCAUUGGUUCAGUGCACACAAUAGACCCAAUCUUGGCUGCUUCCAAUGUCAUUGUUAGUCUGCAACAUCUUGUUUCACGUGAAGCUGACCCCUUGGAAUCACAGGUUGUUACCGUUGGAAAAUUCCAAGGUGGUGGUGCAUUCAAUGUUAUUCCAGAUUCUGUUACAAUUGGUGGCACGUUCAGGGCAUUUUCAAAGGAAAGCUUUAUCCAACUUAAACAAAGAAUUGAAGAGGUUAUCACUAGGCAAGCCAGUGUACAGAGGUGUAAUGCAACAGUCCUAUUCAAUGAAAGGGAUAAGCCCUUUUACCCUGUGGCUGUUAAUGACAAAAAUCUGCAUGAACACUUCCGAAAUGUUGCAGGUGAUUUGUUGGGCCCUCAGAACAUAUUGGAAAGGCAACCCAUGAUGGGUGCAGAAGACUUCUCAUUUUAUCAAGAAGCAAUUCCGGGAUACUUCUUCUUUGUUGGUAUGAAGAAUGAGUCUCAAGGAAAGUUUGAAUCAGGGCAUUCACCGUUCUUUAGAGUAAAUGAAGAUGUUCUUCCAUAUGGAGCAGCAUUGCAUGCAUCAUUGGCCACAAGAUACCUCCUGGAAAAUCAACCCAAAUCUACUUUGCCGAAAGGGAGCUUUCAUGAUGAAUUGUGA